CCAAAACGCAUCGUUUUGCGUUUGGACCUCUUUGCUUGUCGUACUUUUUAUUUCGCGUUCCGGCUAAACAUGGCGGCUACUGUGUUGUAUUUGGCUGCGAAGCGGCUCCCUGUGGUGAAUUCGUCCUCUAAAAUUUUGCUACCUACUGUCCGGGCGGCUAGCACGUCAGGGAGGAGCCUGGCACAGGGCAAAGGACCCGACACGCAGGUCAUCACAGUGGAUGAGAAGCUGGACAUCGUGCCGCUGACAGGAGUGCCAGAGGAGCAUGUGAAGGGGCGCAGGGUUCUCAUAUCCGUGCCCGCACGCACAGCAAUGCAGUCUGGGGUCAACAACACACGCAAGUGGAAGUUAGCCUUUGACACCCAGGAAAGAUGGGAAAAUCCUCUGAUGGGCUGGGCUUCCACGGCUGAUCCGUUGUCCAACAUGGUCCUUACGUUCAGCACUAAAGGAGAUGCUGUUGCAUUUGCUGAAAAGAACGGUUGGAGUUACGAAGUAAUGGAAAAGAAGUCACCAACUCCGAAAUCAAAAUCAUAUGGAGCCAAUUUUUCCUGGAACAAAAGGACAAGAGUGUCAACAAAAUGAGUAGCUUCAGUCUUCUGUCUGGCUAGUCUCAGAAAGUUGUAUAGUAUUACACCGAUAUUCUUAUUAAUGACUCAAUAAAAUUACUUACAAUGUG